CGAAGAACGAAGCGUCUCUACUAGGCUAGUCUCUACUCUCUCUGUCGCCGUUUCUCCUAAGACCGAAGAGUCUCCUCCGCAUGCUUGUCUCUAGGGUCGAUCUUGAUUUCUUAUAAAUAUGGGCACUGAAGAUUGCUUGAGUUCAUACUCUCAUCAAUCGAAAACCUCCUCAAAGAUGGAUUCUUCAGCAUCAGUUAAUCCAAAGAACAAUGGGAAAGACAAGGUCUCUGAUCAUGAAGAAACACAAGACGAGCUUCUCACUCCUGACAACAGAGGAAAGAGGAAGGCUUUUGCGAAUUCAAGUGGAGCUGCUUCUCAACCAACAAAGGAACCUAAGAUUUUGACCCCAAGGUCUCGUGUCUGGGAGCACUACACUCGGACUCAAGAAAAUCGAGACAGAUGCUUCUGUCACCACUGCAAAAAGAGAUUUACUUGUCCAUCAAAGUCUGGUACUUCGAACCUGGGAAAGCAUCUGACAACUUGCAAGCAGUAUCUGGCAUGGGAAGCGGCACGAAAGAAGAAUCAGUCAGAAAUUACCGAUGAUGGAGCAGUGAGGGAUACAAAAGUUUCUGAAGCUCAAUUCAGAGAGGCAACAAAUGAGAUGCUCGUGAUAGGGGAAAUGCCACUUUCAUUUGUUGAAAGUGUGGCUUGGAAGCACUUCUGCAACAAAGUGAUCGGUUUCAAGCCACACUCUAGGAGGACCGCAACAAGGGACAUUGUUGAACUGUAUGUCAGAAGGAAAGCGGCUUUGAAAGCUUGGUUCAAGGCUAAUAAGCAACGAGUCUCUCUUACAACUGACAUAUGGGUUGCUCAAACAAUAGGUACUGUUACUGGUUUAUUAAUUUUUUCAAUAUGUGAGCUUCUUCUACUUUACUAACUCGUUUUUGGAUAUGUAGGUGC